AUGUAUUGUUAACAUGCAUCUAUUGUAUUAAUACAUGCAUUUAUAUUAUGAUAAUUUAUUACAAUGCAACGAUUUAACAUUCACAACUUCCAAACGACCUCUUAGUCAUGUGCGGAUUAAGAGGUCGUUUGCUUUUGGUAUUUAGGUGCUGGAUUUUGGCUCAAAAUCCAACAUAUGUUGGACUUUAUAAUGAAUCCAUGUUUGUUGGCAUAUAAUGGAUUUUGUUUCAAUCUGUGGGGUCCACUAAUAUUGGAUUAUUUGGAGCUAAAAUCCGUGGGCCCCAUGGAUUAUAAAAUCCUACCUCUAUAGAUGGGAUUUUGGAAGAUAGAUAUAAUCCAUGAUGUUUAAUGACCGUGUUACUCCCACUCAUUUUGUGUAAUCCAAUUUUGCCCUAGGUUAUUAUUAUCUCUACUGAGGAAUUUUGUCUACACUCUCAUCUCACAAACUCUGUCUCUUCGUUGCCAAGGGAUUGCAACACAACAAAAAGCUCCGGCAACCCUUUCCAUCUCUCCCUAUGGGCCAAGAUCAGGUGACUAGGGGGGUCCCUUAGUCACAUGGCUAAGUGAAUCUAAGCCACUCAACCUCAUUAAAAUCCAAGGACUCCAACUAAUUCAAUUUAGUGAAGGACAAUGUGGUAACUGCAAUAUCAACAUUUCAAUAACUGAAAACACUAGCUCAUUCUUUCUUUCCUCGUUCUGUAUUUGUGUUUUUGGUUAAUUCUUUGGCUGGAUACAAUAAAUGCGUAGGCUAGUUCAUUAGUGGAGAGUAGAAAAAGCAAAAAAAGGCCAUCUUUUUCCACUCUGGUAGCUAGCUAUGUUCUUUUCCUGUUUGUUAGCACUUUUUAAACUUUGAUGCCUAAAGAUCUGAUUCCUUAUCCUUCCCAGUGUAAAGAUCUGAACGCCUUUUGCUGUAUGUAGCUCUGUUUAACUCUUUUACCCUGAAUGGUAGCUCUGCCUCUUUUAUUAUCAAACCACCAGGUCUAAUUCUGACUAGUAUGUCUAUAAGCAUGCUGUUUAUACAAUGCAGUAAAAAACAAACAUAACUUAUGUGUUGCAUCAUGCAUGUAGAUCAGAAAUGAUCGUCUUUGUGGUGUCCAACUGGAACUUUCCAUCAUUUACAGUAGUUAUUCCAUCUCCACAUGGUCCAGUGUCCUUUGUGUUCCCAACCUCUCCCCCACUGUCAAACCGGAGGGUAUUUGCAGGCAUAUCGAUACACUAACUAAUCUAGAAAACGACUCUUGGAACUGUGUUAGUGUUACCCCACAUUGCCAUGUGAUACCCACUGAAACGACUUUGUUUCCAUGAAACCAAGAGUUACAGUUUAUGAUAUAGGCAUAUAGCAAGACUGAAAGUUUUGACCUUUUUAACAAAAAGUUCUGGUCUUGUGAUACUACAGCACCAUUAAUAACAUGCAGAGCCCUGUUCCUAUCAGGUAGGAACUUUUCUGUAAAAUGGUGGUGUGUGAAUCUUACAGCAUCGACCCUUUAAUCACGGUGGAAAGUUAACUCGAGAUUUCAGGGGAUCUUGUAUAUUUUUUUCUUCUUCUUUCGUUGAUGAUAAUUCUCAGCAGCAGCAGCAUCAUCAUGAAUUUCAGCAUGUGAAGUCAUUAUCGAUUGUGUUUGUCGAAUUAGGAGAAUGUGGCUAUUAUUAGGGUUGUUGAUUUGGGGAAUAUGACCAAUAGAGAUGAUGGAUGAUUUAUUGGCAGGAACACAGGGGAGAUGACGGUGAACCCAGGAUUCAACGGUGGCGGGCCCGGGACGACAACCUACACCGGGUCCCCCAGCGCCGGACGCACCAGCAGCAGCGGCGGGGACGGUGAUGGCGAUGUGUUUGGGAUGAUAUUUGGGAGCGGGGCGGCGCCACCCACUACUGCUGCUGUUUCCGCCUCUUCAUUGUUUUUGUCCCUUUCGAUUAUUUUAAUUCUGUACACUGCUACUACGACCAACUAUUGGGGGCCUUCAUUCUCCUCCCUCCCGUUAUUAUCUUCAUUGUUGUAGAGACUGCAUAAUUUGGACUCUACAAAUGGGGGAAAAGGAAGAAGAAAAAAGUAUACGGAAAAAAAAAUACAAGGAACAAGAGAAAGUUCAUCUUCUUGAAUAUGUACAUAAAACAAGAUGACACAAAAAAAGAAAAUGAUUUAAGAUUACAAAGAUUAAUUGUUUCGGGUCGUUUUGAGAAUGUGAUUUGGAUCGUUGAUUCGUAGAAUUUAUAGCCAUAAAGAAAGUAAUGUUCUUUUUAUAAAACCAAAAGUAGAGAUUUUGAGCACCAAAUCAGAGGCCAGCUGAUAUGGUAGAUGUGACCCAAACAACACUUGAAAUGGAGCAUUUUGAUGUGAUCUGUUGAGUCGUUGUAUUUGUAGUCUGAUAAUUGUUAGUCCGGAACGAGCAAACACCCGAUUAAGAUAUGUGGUUUAAUGACCUUUUCUUCUUGUACAGUGUUGAAUGUUUGACUUUAGGUACGAUUCUCCAUGAUAUAUGACGAAAGCUGUUAAAUUGGUUGGGAUUAGGAAGCUAUCGUUGUCCAAUCUACACAUAAUAUAAUACACCGAAGGGAAAAACGGGAGCCCCAUUUCAAAUUUCCUGCAACGAGAGUGAAAGUAGGAAGGACAUUUUGGUCUUCACACUUACUUUUUUUAAUUCAUUAAAAAGACACGUAGUGAGAUUUGAACCAUGACCAUUUUAAGGAAAAGUAAGGAUCAUAACCAAUCACACUAAGUACAUUUGUUGCAUCUUUUUAAAUUAAAAAGAUAUAAUAGCAAAGAGGAAAAAAUCCUUCCCCCAUUUCAAAUUUCCUGCUCCAGGAGCGUUUGUAGGAAUGAUAGAAUAGGGAGUGUCAAUUUUUUCCUCUUUCCUCUGUGAAACGGGCCAACUUACCGUACAAAUGCGGAUUUAAACGGGUUCAAGAGUGUCAAUUUUUUCAUUAAGCCCUUUUAUUUCUCCGUGGUGAUAAAAUAUAUAUGAAGAGGCAAAAACAAUACUUCUUUUUAUUGCUAAAAAUAAAAAAUUUAACAAUAAACUAAUGCAUGGUAUCUAAUGGGCUAACCGCUAACCAUAAAAUAAAAGAGUUGAAUUGGUUUGACCUACACGGGAUUUGGCCAUCAAGUAAAACAAAUGAACAUCAUUGGUUUGACAUUCUAAAACAAGCUAUUUUCUCUGGCAUAAUAUAUUAUGCUAUUAUUUUAUAUCUUAGUGGCUAAAAUAUAAUGUAUUUUAAAGUUAUUCAAUGGUUCAACCUCGACCAACCCAAUUAGUCCAAUUUUUAUCAUUUCAAAUAUAUAUUAUAUAAUUAUUUGAUAUCAUAAUGAUCAAAUCAUAGUGUAUUUUAUAGGGAAUCGUUUGGUAUUUGUUAGUAAAAAACUAAACAGAAAGAUCUAUUUGGUUAUUUUAAACAUUAAAACGAUCCUAACAUUUUCAGUUCCUUUUGAAUUUCUAUGGUUUUAUUCCCGAAUAAGUGAUGUGCAAAUGGCGAAUUGCAGUCAUCUCUUUUCUUUCACUAUUUUUUAUUUUCAAAUAAAAAGUUUAAAAGUAAAGAAUAAUUAGAAUUUGGCAUGGGUCAAUCAAACAGGCUGCAUUUCAAGUUUUGGCCCCUUUUGAUCAAGUCUAAUUUAUAAUCACAUGGUUCCCUGAUACCCGAUAAAAAUCUCAAUCCAAACCAGUUUGGCAGGUGAGUCCGUGUUUACCACAAUUUUCUAGGGAUACGACAACGACGGUUCCUAUCCCAAAUCGUGUUGUUCGUUCUUUAUUUCCUUAGAUUUUAUCAUAGCCUGAAAAAAACCAGAAAGCACAAUGACGACAAGAUGAAAGUUUUAUAAACCAAAUUAAUCGGCCAACAGGCCGAGUAAAAGCUAGCAACGAUUGUGAGAUGCUCAUUUCCCGAAAACCGACGGGAUAGGCGAUUUUUUAUUCGAUUUUCUGGAAUUCAGUUUGUAUAAAUCUUACUCCACCUC